UAUUAUUAUUAUUAUUGUAGUCAUUAAUGUACUUAAUUUAUAUUAUUUAUAUUUCAAAUUUGCAGGAGUUUGAAAACUUUGGAGACAACGUAGACUACUCCGGUAGCUUUGUUACGGAUAGGGAAUUUAUCUCCUUAGAUGAGUUACAUAGUUGGGCCGAUGCGAUAGCAAUAACAAUCGGUUUUCAAUUUACACGUGCUUCUUAUAAAAAGAAAGAAGGACGUUCUAGAGUUAGUGUCUAUUUAAGAUGUCACCGCUAUGGUAAUAUUAGGAGUGAUGUACAUAAUCUAGAUAAUACUGCCCGACCUGGUUCUAAAAGUAGAAGUUGCGGGUGUAAAUUUAUGAUUUUAGGAAGUAGUCGUAAACCACCAGAAAGACCUUGGACGGUAAGGGUGUGUCCUGGUGAAAAGGGAAAACAUAACCACCCGUUCUUGGUGUACAGAGAUGGUCAUGUAAGGGCAAAUAGGAUUAAUGUAGACAUUCGGGAGCACAUACGACAGCUUAGUGCAACCGGAACGCAACCGGCCUUUAUUAUGAAUUCUAUUAGAGAUAAUUUUCCUGGUUUUUAUGCUAGUAUGAAUCAGAUAUAUAAUAUUAGACAAUCAAUAAGGAGAGAAGAGAUGGAGGGUAGGACUCCCCUUCAACACUGUCUUCAUAUGGCCACAGAACUUAAUUAUGUGGUAUGGACAGACUUGGAUAACGAAGGGCAAUUGAGCAGACUAUUAAUUGCAAAUCCUACCUCUAUCCAAAUGAUACGUACGUGGCCGUAUGUUGUGCUGAUAGAUACAACGUACAAAACGAACAAACAAAAGUGGCCACUAUGUGAAGUGAUCGAAAUGACGCCAACCAAUCACAAUUUCUUGGUUGCGUUUUGUUUGAUGCGAGAUGAGGCGGCUGUGUCGUAUUCGUGGGUGCUGCAGGGAUUGAGAGAUAUUUUCGACACUGCUCAGACUCCUAGCGUCAUUGUAACCGAUCGAGACGAAGGUUUAUCUGCAGCUAUUCGUGACGUCUUCCCAGAUGUGCGGCAUUUGUUAUGCAUCUGGCAUAUUGGCAACGACGUUGAGAACAUGGUGGACAAGUUGUGUGGCGGCAAGAAAAAUCAACAAGGGCAGGUAUUCAGGAUAAGUAGAUGGAACCCCUUGGUUGAAAGUUCUACGAUCGAGGAAUAUGAAGAUAAAUGGCAAGAGAUCGUCAGUACGUGGUCGGUUAGGAACAAAAAGGUCGUUCGGUAUUUGACUGGAACAUGGAUUCCACUAAGAGAGAAAUUUGUCCGUGCGUGGACGAAUGAUUGUUUACACUUGGGUAACCGGACUACCAGCAGAAUUGAAAGCCAACACUCUUCUUUUAAGUAUUACCUUGGUAGCGGUAAUAGCUCAUUCGAUACCCUUUUCAAAACGGCGCACGCACAGAUUACAAAUCAGCAAGCUACAAUCCGACAAGCGCUACAGGAUUCCAUGUCUUCUGUACAAAGAUCGAUGCGACAGCAUUACUUUAGACCUCUAUAUCGCCACGUAUCUCUCUAUGCCUUGGAGCAGCUCCAGCUUGAGUAUAACCGCAUGUUAGAACUCGGUGAUUUUGUGUUUAACAAAUGUGGUUGUGUACUUCAACAAACCCAUGGAUUGCCGUGUGCAUGUUAUUUACAUAUGUCCAUCGGAUCACAUGGUGCUUUGUAUUUGGAUGACAUUCAUGAAUUCUGGAGUACUUUGAGGUACACCGAGGUAGGAGACGAAACCGAUGAAGGAGUACGAUACCCGAACGCCAAUGACAAAGAGUACUUUCAAUCUCUGGUCGAUGAAGUCCUCAAAUCUGAUCCCGCUGUUGUUCGCCGAAUGUCUCAGUUACUUGAAUAUGAACUACACCCAGAUGGCGCGGAAAUACCUGAGCCUUACGCUAGUCCACCGAGAAAGGGAAGACCAAGCACAAGUAAAAACAUGAGAAGGAGAAAAAGUUCAUUUGAAUAUAGCAGAUCAUCCUCUCGCGGUCGAGGGUCUAGAUCUUCUUCCCGCGGGAGAUCUAGUGGCAGAUCUAGUGGUCGAGAGACGCAAUCCUCAGUAGGAUUUAAGUUCAGUUUCAACUUAUCCGAUGAUCCUGGAGGUCGAGAUUUUUCACACUUUUCAUGGCCUAACUACAUCCCAUUUAUCCUUCCUCCUUACUUGUUCGACUGGAUUAAUGUGUUAGGUGAUGGUAACUGUGGAUUUAGAGCAAUUGCCGUCACAGAGCUGUGA